AUGGAUGAUGACCGAUCGCGCGAAAGCACGCCCGCCGAAUUCGGCCUUCCGGACCUGCACAUUACCCUCUACCAUGUUCUUUGCGAUCUGCAUCCAGAAAUGUCUCUUUUUCUCACCAAACCCAUCUCGGGCGACGAUUACAGUCACGAUGGAGGUUUCUUGGGUAGCGGAAGCGCCAGAACAAUGGCGGGCACGUUGCGUGAAAACUUUCCACACCUCGCAUUUGCCGCGAUCCGAAGCCACUUCUGCAAUUUCUGCCUAACCGAACAGGCAAACAACGCCGAUGCCAUCCAGUGGGAGAAAAGCGUGCAGCUUUAUUCGAGACAGCUCAUCGAUGACUUCGAGACGAUGGCGGCUCAGCGCCCCAAAGUCCUAGACCUCGAAGGUACUAACAUCGGCCUACCACCUCAGCCUACCUACGACAGAUAUUUCAUAUACCGCCACAGGGCUCAUCUCAAAGAGAUUUUAAGCAAGGACGACAGCCGGCGCGACAUCGCUGCUCUGCUGGGCUACAUCGAGAAUGAAGCGAUGUAUGCGCAAGAAAUCAAGAACUGCGAUCUUCUCUUCGAGGCGGGACUGGUGGAUUUGGGCAGCAUCCGAUAUCUUUUCCAGGAGGGCGAUGUGGUCGUCUACUACCGCAACGGAAAACUUGGUACAGCCGUUUUAGUUUCCAAGCCGUUGGCACGCCUACGGGGGAGUGAGGUGCAUUUCGACUUCCGCUUAGUGAGACACGAGUGCGACGGCGGCAGCCUGGUGCGUAUACCGGACUGUGUUACAUUUGACGUCACCCCCCCGUCGGGGGCCAUCAUGCGUAUCAGCGACCUGGUUGUCUAUCCUCUGGAAUUUGCCCCUGAUUGGGCGAGAGGUCUGCUGAGAGAUCGUGGCUGGAACAAUUGGGUCUACUGGAAGAGGAGCACCGAAGCCAGGAAACUCAGCCGAGCUGCAGUUGCAUUUGAAGCGCGACAGAUCAUGUACUCGGCGUACCCCUACUCGGCACAGACCCGUGUUGGAGAUGAUUCGCGCAAUUGGCCCCGGUCUGUCAAAGAAUUCAUGAAGAAGCCCGAAUACUACGUCUACCUCAUGCCGGCCGACUUUCCGGGCGCUCCGCCAAACGGUUCUGAGUGUAUCGUUCCUACAUCAUCGGACUCCAAGGAGUCUGAAUUCACCCGGCUUGGUCCUGAUAACCUGAUAGAAGGGCAACCCUACGACUACGACCUAGACGAGCAACCCAACAACUACGAUCUAGACGAGCAACCCAACGACCACGACCUAGAUGGACAACACAGCGACUACGACCCAGACGAGCAACUCUAUGAUCCCGACCAGAAUCUACACGAGCCGCUCGACCAUGAGCCUUGA